AUAGGGAUGUGUGUAUUGUAUGUAUAUAUGUAUUUAUGUACACACAUGCACAUGCAUGUAUACAUCCACAUAUAUAUAUCCAUCUCUGUAUAUGAUUGGAACUAGACGAUCAUUAAGGUCCCUUCCAACCCACUCUGUGAUUUUAUUUAUGGAAAGCACGCUGAUAGUGGAAGCUUGCAGCAAACACCUUUGGGGUUCAGCUGAUGCCUGUGUUUGUGCUGCAGUGCCCGAGCACGUGUGGAGGAUUAACCUGGACGUCCCGGAGGAAGCCCAGCAGAACCUGUCCUUCGGAGCUGCCGAUCGCUGGUGGGAGCAGACGGACCUGACCAAGCUGAUCCUGGCCUCCAACAAGCUGCAGAGCCUCUCGGAGGAUGUGCAGCUGCUGCCUGCCCUCACCAUGCUGGAUGUGCAUGACAAUCAACUGACAUCACUCCCUUCUGCUUUAGGGCAACUUGAAAAUCUCCAGAAACUCGAUGUCAGCCACAACAAACUGAGGAGCCUCCCCGAGGAGCUGCUGCAGCUGCCCCGUCUGAGGAGCCUCCUGGUGCAGCACAACGAGCUGAGCCUCCUGCCCGAGAGGCUGGGGCAGCUCCUCACCUUGGAGGAGCUGGAUGUGUCCAACAACCAGCUCACAGCCAUUCCCACCAGUUGUGCUCUGCUGGUGAACUUGGUGCGGCUCAAUUUGGCCUGUAACCAGCUCAAGGAGCUGCCUGCAGAUCUCAGUGCCAUGAAAAGCUUGAGACAGCUGGACUGUACCAAAAAUUACCUGGAAACAGUACCUUCUAAACUAGCAACCAUGGCAUCCCUGGAGCAGCUUUACCUGAGGAAAAACAAACUGCGUUCCUUGCCAGAGUUUCCCUCCUGCAAGUUGCUGAAGGAAUUGCAUGCUGGCGAGAAUCAGAUUGAAAUCCUGAAUGCAGAGAAUCUGAAACAGCUGAGCUCCCUGUGCGUGCUGGAGCUCAGGGACAACAAGAUCAAGGCAGUGCCUGAGGAGAUCACCGUGCUGCAGAAGCUGGAGAGACUCGACCUGGCCAACAAUGACAUCAGUAGGUUGCCUUACACACUGGGGAACCUCCCUCAGCUGAAAUUCCUGGCACUGGAGGGAAAUCCUUUGAGAACCAUUCGGAGAGACCUGCUGCAAAAAGGAACCCAGGAACUGCUGAAAUACCUGAGAAGCAAAAUCCAAGAUGAUGGACCUGGUCCCAAUGAAGAGGCUCCUGUGACAGCCAUGACUCUUCCCAGCCAGUCCAUGGUCAACACCCACGCCAUAACCACGCUGAAAUUACUGGAAUACAGUGACAAGCAGGCUGCCGAGAUCCCCGCUGCCGUGUUCGAUGCCGUGGGCACCAAUCCCGUGGCCACCGUGAACUUCAGCAAGAACCAGCUCCGGGAGAUCCCCCCCAGGCUUGUGGAGCUGAAGGACUCAGUUUGUGAUGUCAGCCUGGGCUUCAACAAGAUCUCCUCCGUUUCCUCGGAGCUGUGCCUGCUCCAUAAACUGACACAUUUGGAUCUCAGGAACAAUGUUCUGACAGCCUUGCCCGAGGGGAUGGAGGCACUGAAAAGGCUGCACACAAUAAAUCUUGCUUUUAAUAGAUUUAAGGUGUUCCCCAGUGUCCUCUAUCACCUGCCAGCCCUGGAGACCAUCCUGCUCAGCAACAACCAGGUGGGAUCCAUCGACCCUGUGCAGCUGAAGGAGAUGGACAAGCUGGGAACGCUGGACCUGCAGAACAAUGACCUCCUCCAGGUGCCCCCAGAGCUGGGCAACUGUGAGAACCUCAGGAGCCUGCUGCUGGAAGGGAACCCGUUCCGUACGCCCCGCGCCGCCGUCCUGGCCAAGGGUACGGCUGCUGUGCUGGAAUACCUGCGGAGCCGCAUUCCCACCUGAGCCCUGGGCAUUCCCACCUGAGCCCUGGGCCCUGGCCUGGCCCUGCCACCUGAGCCUGGCCGAGGGCACGGCUGCACUGCUGGAAUACCUGCAGAGCCGCAUUCCCGCCUGGGCACCACAGGACAAUCCAGGUAUCCCUGUCCCACCAGCACCCCUGGGCUCUGCUGCCUCCAUCCUCCUCCAUCCUCCUCCUGCUCCUGGCUGGGAGCCUGCCCGGCCACGAGCCUUUGUUGCAGUGUUAAGAACCCAACCUGUGAAACAUUCCCUGCCCGCUGCAUGUUCCAGCAGGGGUUUCAGCGUCCCACACCCUGUUUACACUGUUUGUGAUAAAGGACAGCAUGGAAAGCUGCCUUCAGCACAGCCAUGGUGCUUCCUGCAGCUGAGCUGGGGUCGAAGAGAGUUGGCACCAUCAGAACGUUGGGGCCAAAGGCAGAAGGGAACACUGUGGUUUUUGUAUCCCUUUUUUAUCUUGUUUCAUUGCUGUCCCCAGAACUGCCCCCGGUGCGAGUGUAGUCGAGUACUGGAGCUGUGAGGUGGUGAGAGGUGCCCCAGGGGUGAGAAUGGGGCUGGUGGUGGCAGCUGCAGCGAGACAAUAAAUGUUCCCCUUGGA